AUGGCAAAGAACAUCGACUCUUUUGAACAACUUACGACCCGAAUCGGACGUCUGCGGAUGAGAAGAUGUGGCCCAACACCAGCUUUGACUAUCUUCGUCGCUUACGCCCCAACAUCAAGCUACGAAGAGGAAGUCGAAGCUUUCUUUAUGGACCUGGAGAAGUUCUACCGAGAAGAUCAUGUCUUCUACAAGGUCAUAGUUGGCGAUUUCAACGCCAAAGUUGGCCCAAGAAGAACGCCGGAGGACCCACGGCCUACAAUGGAACGACCAGGGGGAGAGGCUCUCCGAGUUCAUCAUGACGACUAA